AUGGCGGAAAUCCCGACCUCGACAAUCCAAAUCACAGACCUCCCGACCAAAUCCGUCACAAUCACCCCGCAGCGCGCAACCAUCGUUCGCGAGAUACGCACCUCAAUCCAGCCAGGCCAACAUGAACUCAAAAUCACCGGUCUCGACCCACAAGUGAACAGCGACUCACUCCUCAUCGAAGGAACAGGGCUCGCCACAAUCACCGACAUCCAGACAUCGAUAGUACCCCGACAAGAGAAAUUCGAGGACAUCUACCCUCUUGAAUCAGACUCCGAUGACUCGGCAGACCCCGACUCCGACUCAGGCGAUGACGACGAUGACGACCCCGAGCUACGGGCUAUCUCGGACGAGAUAGCGGACGUGGAGACGCGGCUUGCGAAGGCGCGCAAUGAACGCGCGAUGGCGCUCUCCAUGCUGGAGAUUCUGGAUGAGUAUGCGCGGAAGAUGGACCCCGAGAGUACCGGGGCGGAGGCGCUGGAGGGGUUCUUGGCGCUGUAUACGCGGCAGCGCACGGUGGGGAAUCAGCGGUGUCAUCAGGCCGGGGUGGAGGUUGGGGAGGGGGAGAGGGAGCUGGCGAGGCUGGGGAAGAAGCGGGGGAAGGUGGAGGGGCGGUUGAGGAAGGCCCGGGAGGCUGCGUCGAAGAAGGAGCGGAGGGAGAGGGAGAAGAGGGCGACAGAGCGCGCCAGGAGGGCGGAGCAGCGGAGGAUGAAGAGAGACGAGAGGUUCAAGUUCUGGACGGGGCGCGUGGGCCAGGUGGUGGUGCAUCUGGAUAGUCAGGCCGGGUUCACGCCGGGGUCGAGUCGGCGCAGUUCUGUCGUAGACCGGUCGGAGAUCAUGUUGGAGCCCGUCGAUGUCGUCUUGCGGCUGAGCUAUGUGGUACCCGGCGUGAGCUGGAGCUCGCGCUAUGAGCUGCGCAUCAACACGCCUUCGUCGUCGGCGCGCAUGGCGUACCGCGCUGAGUUCCGGAACUCGAGCUCGGAGACGUGGACGGAUGCGCGGGUGACGCUGUCCACGUCGCAGGCGUCGUUUUCUGGGUUGGAACAGCGCAUCCCCUCGUUGCACCCUUGGCAUAUUAAGUUGCUGGAUGCCAUUCGGGAGAAUCAGGAGCAUCCUUCUUGGGAGAAGAUUCUGAGGGGUGGGUAUGCGAAUCGAUCUGUUGUGAAAACCAGUGGGCUGUUUGGAACUCGUCCCUCGGGGACCAGCCAGUUCGGAAUGGCUACAACGCAACCUCAGCAGGGUUUUGGAUUCGCACAGUUCAAACCAGCGUCUGCAAAUCCUUUUGGGGCUGCACCGACCCAGAGUCAGAACUCGACAGGGUCUCCCUUUAGUGCAGCGCAGCCAUCUACAGCGAGUGCUUUUGGGUCGCCGCCAAACCAGAACCAACCUAGCUCGUCCCGGGGCCUUUUUGGGGGGCUGGCUCCAGCUGCACCUGCAUCAAAUCAAACGGGCGAUACAGGGGAAGCAUCGGGUCAUACCCAGAAGGGGUCAUCUGGAGGUCUUUUCGGAUCUGGGGGGCCCUUGUUUGGGAGAGCUGCAGCUGCAGUACCAGCCCAGAACCCUUCCGAGCAAGAGCCAAAUCCCAUUGACCACGCGCACGGCGAGGACUACGAGGGUAGUGAAGACGAGCCCGACAACGACAUCGACACCGUAGCUUCCACGUCCCUCGAACACCAAGAAUCUGUCAAGCAAGACUAUGGACUCACAACAACCUACGAUCUUCCCGGUCAGCGGACGCUUACCCCCUCGAGCAACAACAGACGCCAUGUGCUGGCCGAUCUCGACCUGGAGUCCGUCACCCUUUCGCAUAUCAUUGUCCCGAAACACAGCGCCGAAGCGUUUUACCGCGCACGGAUCAAGAACACCUCGUCGUUGCGGAUUAUGCGCGGCAGAGUGGGUUUGACGGUUGAUGGAACAUUCCUUGGCACGGCCACGAUCCCGAACUGUGCGCCGGGCGAUUUCUUCAGUGUCUCCUUGGGCGUUGAUCCCUCGAUCCUGGUGACCUAUGGUAAACCAACGGUGCGACGGUUGAACACCGGGUUCUUCACCGGACAGGUCGGGGCUGUGUUCCGACGCACGUGCUGGAUCAAGAAUACCAAGGGCGUGGCUGCGGACAUCACUGUAUUGGAUCAGGUGCCGGUGAGCGAGGACAAGGAGCUGCAGGUGGAGAUCCUGGAGCCAAAGGGGUUGCAUGAAAAGGGCAAUGAAGUGAAGCUGGACAUGGAAGCGAGCCACGGAAGCGGAAAGGCCGUCAUGGAGAAGAAGGGAGAGGUUAAAUGGGUGCUACACUUAGAACCGGGGAAGGACGUGCGGGUGGUUUUGGAGUAUGGAACGAAAGCGCCGAAAGGGAGCGAGGUGGACACUGCAUGA